UUCCGCUAAUGCCUGUUCGUCGUUAUACGAUUGGUUUGGACGUGGGAGGCACGAACACAGACUGCGUUGUGUUGAGAGCGUCCGAAGUGAUUGGUUCGUGCAAGCGUCCGACAAGCAAGAACGUGACGUCUGGUGUUCACUCAUCUCUCGAUGAAGCUCUGAAAGACGCAAGCAGAUUGACGGGAGAAAGUGUGUCUGACAUUGCUGCUCACGUUGCGCGAGUCAACAUUGGUACAACGCAUUUCGUCAACGCAGUCGUGCAGCGGAAGUCGUUGGCACGUGUCGCUACAAUCAGAUUGUGUGGCCCAGCUUCUAUAUCUUUGCCUCCUUUUGUUGACUUUCCAAGUGAUCUUGCUGACAAGAUAAAGCAUUCCUUGCACUUGCUGGACGGCGGAUUCAGAUUUGAUGGCAAGGAAAUUGUUCCUGUGAAUGACAAGCAAGUGAUUUCGUGCAUCACACGGCUGCAACAAGGGGAUUAUCCUUGUAAGAAUGUCGUCGUAGCAGGCUUGUUCUCUCCAUUGAGUGGAGAGCAAGAGGAACAUGUAGGCAAGCUGAUAGCAGAUCAUUUUCCAGAUGUCAGUGUAACCAAGUCAUACGAGGUUGGACAAUUAGGUAUUUUGGAGAGAGAGAAUGCAGCAAUUCUAAAUGAGAGUCUCAAGCCACUUGCCAAUACAACAGUGCAUGCUUUCAGGGAGGCACUUGACUCUCUUGGUCUGCGUUGUCCAUUUAAUCUUACACAAAACGACGGCACACUCAUCAGUGCUGAACGAGCAAUGUCUUUCCCAGUUUUGGUGUUUACGUCCGGUCCAACCAACAGCAUGCGCGGUGCUGCGUUUCUGUCUAAAGUAUCUGAUGCAAUUGUGAUUGACAUCGGUGGAACAACAACGGAUGUUGGCAUGAUAUGCAAAGGAUUUCCUAGAGAAGCAUCAAGCCAAGCCAAAAUUGGUGGAGUUAGCACGAACUUUAGAAUGCCAGAUGUUCUUAGUAUUGGUCUUGGUGGUGGCUCGUUAGUUGAUGUAGAAAGCGGCAAGGUGGGUCCCGUCAGUGUUGGUUACCGCCUGUGUGAAGAAGCUCAAGUGUUUGGUGGUGAAACACUAACAGCUACUGACAUUGCAGUUGCAAAGGGAAUGGCUGAUAUUGGCAGCAUACGACCAGCCGUUAGUCUCACACCAAACCAAGUAACUGCCAUUGUUGAAACGAUACACAAAAUGGUGGAAGACGCUGUUGACAGAGUUAAGAUUACAAAAGAGGAUCUGCCUGUUUUGCUGGUUGGUGGUGGUUCUAUUCUCAUUGACUCUUCAAUGCCAUUCACAGGAGCAUCAUCAGUUGAUAAACCUCUUCAUUAUGAUGUUGCAAAUGCUGUUGGUGCUGCUAUAAGUCAAGUUGGUGGCUCUGCAGACUAUGUUGUGAGUCUUGAGCAGAAGCCACGUGAUGUCGCAAUUAGUGAAGCGAAGGAGCGAGCUAAGGGUCAGGCAAUUAAGGAAGGAGCUGUGGCUGAAUCUGUGAAGAUAGUCGAGGUCACUGAAAUUCCUCUCACUUACUUACCAGGCAAUGCUGUUCGGUUGAAAGUAAAAGCUGUUGGAGAUCUAGCUGAUGCAGAAUUUGGUGGAAAUUUGGGUCUUACGGAAGUGAACCCUAGUGUAGUGGCACCCACUUCAGGACCACCCAAUGUAGAGAAGAGACCUUUUGUCCAACCCACAUCUGAUGCUGAUGAGAUCACCACAGCUUUACCCACUGAGACUGCAAUCUCUGAUGCUGCAGACAGUACAACCACAUCAAGAAUGAUUGAUCAAGUCACGGGCGACUGGACUUUGUCUGCGUUUGAUGUCGAAUGUAUUUCUGUUGGUGCUGGCAUCCUUGGAUGUGGUGGAGGAGGCAGUCCACGUACUGGCAAACUGAGAGCAUUGCAGGCUCUCAAACAGGGACAUUCCAUACAAGUCAUCAACCCAAACAGGCUUGGAACAACGUCUGAUCUAUCGGGACUCGUUGUGCCUGUUGCAAUCAUGGGAGCUCCCACCAUCUUGUUAGAGAAGUUGACGGGCGGACAAGAGUUAAAGUCUGGUGUAUCAGUGGUGCAAAAGUUGAUUAAUGCUGGUUUAGGUGGUGGCAUGUCCACCCAUCCUGGUCCUGACGGAUGCGGCACUCCCAUCACUAAUCCAUCACCUGGUGUCUAUUGUCCUUCAUCAGCUGCCGACCUCAAUCAGUCGCUAGCCAAUACCGCAGAUCGCCAGAUUUGUGCUGUGGUCAGCUGUGAAGUUGGUGGUCUGAAUUGUAUAGAGCCAUUGAUUGUUGGGGCCGAGCUUGGUUUACCGGUUGUCGAUGCUGAUGGAAUGGGACGAGCGUUUCCCGAGUUACAGAUGUAUUCACCGUCGAUAUAUGGAUGUCAGUUGGGGCCUUGCUGUCUUAGUGAUGAGAUGGGAGAAUGUGUGGCAAUUACUCACGUCGAUUCAGCAAAGCAAUUGGAAGACUUCAUGCGGAUCCAUACAGUCAGAAUGGGUUGCUCGGCUGGUAUUGUGAUGAGUCCAUUGACGGUCACAGAUGUACAAGAUAAGAUGGUCAGGGGAUCUCUAACACGAGCAUGGCAACUGGGUAGAGCCGUACUCGAAGCUCAAGAGAAGAAACAGAAUCCCAUUGAUGUCAUUCUAAGCAACGAAAUAGGGGAAGUCAUUGUCUCGGGCAAGAUUGUGGAUGUAAGUCGGACAACGGCCGAUGGUUUCUCGCGUGGAUUUAUCGUGAUCGAAGGAUUUGACGAGUACGCCGGGCAGGUGAUCAACAUCAUUCUUCAGAACGAAUUUCUUAUCGCUCGCCAGCAGCUCACACAAGAGCCAAGUCCAACAUUUGGCUCAGUCAUUGCGUGUGUUCCUGACCUCAUAGUUCUAAUAGACACAGACAUGGGAUAUCCUAUUACAACUGAAGAUGCUCGUUAUGGCCUACGAGUUACUGCGCUUGUUUUGGCAUCACAACAUGUGAUGAGGACACCGCAAGCUCUUGAGGUUGUUGGACCGCAAGCAUUUGGACAUCCUGACGUCCAGUAUUGUCCAAUUGAGGACAAGGUGAGGGGACUGACGAGCAGUGAAAGUGUGUGACGUAGAAUGGACAAGGAUGGAACAUUAGGUCUGUUCUGGUUGAAGGAAUGAAUGGUUAAUUUAGUAUGGAUUGAUUGGCUUUUGAUGUUACUGCCUGCAUGAUGCAUGGCUACUUUGCUGCAAGAUUUUGAUUAAUUUGUUGUAA